AGUAAGGACGGCCAAAUAGCGGGCGCGGGAAGGAGGACGACGACGGCGCUGCAACUCCAUCAAGCUCUGUUCUCUUCUAUCUGAACUUCAAAUCGGUAAGCUUGUAUGUAGUAAUGGGAACUCAAGAUACAAAAGACCCCUUCAAAGGGGUGGAUUGGAAAGCCGUUGGUGGUGAAAUGCAACAGAAUCCUAGUGCUCAGCCAGUUUUGAAGAAACGUCUCCCAAAAAAGGUUAGGGAAAUCCCUGACUACUAUUUCCUUCCUCGACGGUCUCUGCCUUCAGCUAUCGCUUUCUAUGGUUCCUGCAUUGCUGGUGGUAUUGCUGCCGGAAUGCUUUUAGAGGUCUGGAUUAACAAGAAAGUUAAAGAAGAUGGAGGCGUUAUAUGGGAGUUUGACAAGUAGACACUUGUAAUGGUACCAACCACUGUGAUGCAUUGUUUAAUUACCAAACUUCUCGAGAUUUCAUGGUCUAGAGGAUUAAUGCAGGUGUUUUCUUCAAUAGCCGGUUGUAUUCACAGGUAGAUCACAUGUUCAAAUAUUUGCAUAAUAAAUUUUGAUCCGAUUAUUAGAAUGAGCAUCUAUAUCUUUUGAAAGUA